AUGGAGGUCGAAAAACGAGGGGUUAAGGGAGGCUUUUUCCAGUUGUUUGAUUGGAAUGGUAAAUCCCGGAAAAGGCUGUUCUCGGGCAAAGCCGAAUUCUCAGAAAGUUCAAACCAAGGGAUAGAAAAUUACCAUGAUUCAUUCAUUGCACGACAUCAGCAGGGGCUUGAGCAAGGUUUUCCUACAGAUCCCAGAAGUCAAAAAGGCUACCAUUAUGCUUCCUCGCCCAAUAGUGAUUCUGAAUACCGGACAAAACCACCCGGGGUCGUGGCCCGACUCAUGGGCCUUGACUCUUUGCCCUCUUCAAAGAUCAAUGAGCCCUGUUUUACCCCUUCAUUCACUGAAUCCCACUCCUUUAGAGAUUCUGCUGCUGCAUUCCAAGGCGAACAACACGACAUCGUGAUCUUUGAGAGCAUGCGGAAUAAAUUGGAUGGAUUUUGUAGGAACCCUCUGGACAUGAGGGCCCACGAGACGCGGGGCCGCCAGCUGGAGAGAUUUCAGACGGAGAUUUUGCCUCCCAAAUUUGCAAAGCCCAUUUCUGUUUCUCACAAUCGGCUUCUGUCCCCCAUAAAGAGCCCUGGGUUCAUCCCUCCUAGAAAUGCAGCUUACAUAAUUGAGGCAGCUGCCAAGAUAAUCGAGCAGAGCCCACGGUCAGCUUCCAAAGCUCGUUUUCCGUCACUUGGUUCUUCUUCUGUUCCUUUUGGAGUUCAGGGCAUGAAGGAGAAGGUGGAGGCUGCUUCCCGGAGGCCAUCUCGACUGGUUGAGAAGGGUAAAGAUCAAAAUUUUACAAAUCCGAAGAAGCCAGUUGAUACUAGAGGCAAAAGCCGGUCCCAGGACAGCUGUGUGCCCAGAGGUUCAUCUGAGGAGUCGAAAAGGUCCAUUCUCUCUCAAAGGUCGAAGAGCAAGGAAAAGCAAGGGUCCCUUGCUGUUCAGGCAAAGGCCAACAUCAAGAAAAGAGAUGGGUCGAGUUCCCUGGCUAACAACAGAAGCUCUGAAAAGCCAAAAGAUCCUCCAAAUAUGCAAAAGAAAUCGGAGAUGAAAACUUCUUCAUCGAGAAGGAAUCAAGAAGUGCUCAGGCAGAAUAAUCAGAAGCAGAAUCGUGCGUUCUCUGUAGAGGAUGAGACCUUAGGGUCCUCCAAGGAAGGAAAGGAAUCGAGUUUGUCAGCCAAUAGUUACGUAAACGAUCGAGCAAAAAGGACUGUGAACAAGAUUGUCGUCAGUAAUGUGGUGGCAUCCAGGAAGACAAAUUUUGUGGUGGCUGAUCCUGGAAAAGAGAUUUUGUCAUCGAGAGCAAAGAUAAAUUCAUCAAAGAGAAAAAUGACAGCCAAUAGGAAUAUGGAGCAAAUUCAAGUUGAAAAGCCUAGUGAAGCUAAUGUUGAAUUUAAAGGUGAUUCUAAGUGGGACGAACUUGAGAGGAAAGAUAAUAGCUCUGAUGUUGUGUCAUUCACAUUUACGUCUCCUAUAAAAAAGUCUAGUGGUGGAUCAAAUUUAUGCAGCACGGUCUUGGAAGCAAGUAGCUCGUAUUCUCCCGAGUGCAAUACAUAUGCACAUAAAUCUGACUUCAGAAGUUCUACAGAGAUGCCAUUGGGUUUUAAUGUAGGAGGGGAUGCUUUGAGCGUGCUUUUGGAGCAAAAACUGAAAGAGUUGGCUUCUAGGGUUGAAAUGUCCCAGGACCUGUCAGAAGUGGGUUCUAAUUCUGUCAACAGCUGUGGUAACACAAGUACCCUAAGCUUGUUAAAGCCCCUGCCCUUGGAUAUUGAUACGUGCAAAAGUAAAUGUGAAAUCCAGUUUCACUCUGAUUGCUCGUCUGUUGAUCAGCAUUCCGAAGUCAAAAAGGACAAGAAGGGACUGCUGUCGUUCGUUGAUAUGGUUGGUGAUAAUAACAGUAACAUUGAUUCUCAAGGUCCUGUUUCAUUUUCAAGGCCCUCACUGUCUGCUGCUACUUCUGACUCAUCUGAUGUCGACAGAAGCUCAAGUAACGAAGGUAUGAUAUCCGAUACGGCCUCCUCACUUUCAGUUAGCUUUUUACAUCAAACUGCGGACCCCACAUUAUGUGGAACCAUAGAAUCAGAAGAUUGCUCCCACUGGGAACUACAAUACAUCAGGGACGUACUAAACAGUGCAGAACUGUUGCUUGAAGAGUUUGCGCUCGGUCGGGCUCACAGGAUAAUAGCUCCCGAACUCUUUAACCAGCUGGAAAAUAAAAACAGAUAUUUUUACAAGGAUACGGAAAAAGACAUGCUCGAGCGAAAGGUGUUAUUUGACUAUGUCUGUGAAUGCUUCCAGACCAGUUACAGCGGGCUUCUUGCUGGAAGCCACAAGUUAUGGGUUAAGCAGACGACACUCUUGCAAAAACGACAAUUUUUGGCUGAUGGUUUUUAUAGAGAAAUAUCGAGCCUGGCGAAUGAUGAGGAGAUGAUGGUGGACGAGCUCGUGGACAGGGAUAUGAGCUCUAAAGAAGGGAAGUGGGUUGACUUUGAAUCUGAGGGUUUUGAGGAAAGCAUCGAGAUAGAGGAAAGGAUACUGACUUGUCUCGUAGAUGAACUGGUUGAUGAAUUCUUGUUCUGA